GAGAUAUUUUUUCACCCUUUGAUUGCAAUUCAAUUGCCGUCCCAUGUAAGGGACUAGUUUUAGAUAUUUUUUUUAUAGGUAGCAGCUGCUGUCCAAAAUAGAUUUUUAGCUUACCAUGGUAAUAGGUUUUCCAUUUCUUUUGCUCUCUUUUAGCAUUGCUUCAAUUUCGGAGCUUCAAGCGAGGUGAAUAUUCUAAUACUUGGGCUGAUUCUGAUUAUAAAAUAUGGGUGAGGUUGUGGUGAGUAUUGAGGAGGUGAGAAUUGGGAAUGAAACUGACAAUCAAAACGGGGAGUCGGAAGGGAAUAUGGAGACGACGGCGACUGCGAAGGGUGGGGGUUCUUCUUCCGGAGCUGUAGUGAAUUGGGGAAGGUUUUUACCCAUACGGGCUUUGAGGGUUUUGUUGGUGGAAGCUGAUGAUUCAACCAGGCAGAUUAUAUAUGCUCUUCUCAGAAAAUGCAGUUAUAGAGUUGCUGCUGUUCCUGAUGGCUUGAAGGCAUGGGAGAUGCUGAAAGGAAGACCUCAUAACGUAGAUCUCAUUUUGACAGAAGUGGAUUUGCCAUCUAUAUCGGGAUUCGCUCUUCUUACGCUAAUCAUGGAGCAUGAUGUUUGUAAAAACAUCCCUGUUAUAAUGAUGUCCUCACAAGAUUCAGUUAGCACAGUGUACAAAUGCAUGUUGACAGGGGCGGCCGACUACCUUGUUAAGCCGAUAAGGAGAAAUGAGCUGAAAAAUUUAUGGCAGCAUGUAUGGAGAAGACAAUCAUUAAUAGCUGGAGGGAACUCCCCCCGGGAUGAGAGCGUUGGACAGAAAACGGUUGAAGCUAGCUCUGAAAAUGAUGCUGCAAGCAAUCAUUCCAUUGGUUGCUUGGCUGCCGUCCGGAAAAAUAAGGAACAAACUGAGAAAGGUAGUGAUGCUCAGAGCUCCUGUACGAAGCCAGAUAUGGAAGCUGAGAGUAUCCACAAGGAAAAUAUACAGGAAUUCUCGCACUUGAUAAAGAGAAAAUCUCUAUCGAUUGAACUGCAGGAGCAUGAAGCUCAUGCCAGUUUCAACCAGAACCUGCUCAUGCAUCAGACAGAAACUGAGGUUGCUGAUUACUGCAAGGAUGCUUACGCCACAAUUGUGCACCAGGGCUUUGAACUGGAAAACCAAAAAAGGGAUUCUAAUAUCUUGGUCGAGGCUGGUGAGGCGCUUCUUGGUUCACCAAGACAAGCUAUCGACUUCAUGGGAACAUUUAGUAAAAAUUGCAUUUCUUCUUCAAUAAAUAGCUCAAGAAAGCUUGAUUCUUCUCCAUACUUGGAUCUUUCCUUGAGAAGAAGUAAUCCUAGUGUAUUUGAGAAUCAUGUUACUCAAGAAAGGCCUACCCUCUGGCAUCCUAAUUCAUCAGCCUUCACAAGGUACACUAGAAGAGUAUCACAGCCCUUGCAAUCAACAUUGAUGAGUGCUGGUGAUCAGAAGAAAGACUCCGAGACUAAUUCUGAGAAGAUAUUGACCAAUAUUAUUUCCGAGUAUACUCCUACUCCUACUCCUACUCCUACACUAACUCCUCAAAGAAGCAUGAUUCCUUCGACCACUGGAGCUACUAGUGAAUUGAAGCAAACUGCAGUAGAUGCACCAUGCACACAACAGAAAGUAUUUCCUGUCCCAGUACCAGUGAAGGGUAUACGACCGAAUAAUCCAUGCAAUGGUUAUAACACUAUAAUUCCUCCAAUCUUUUGUUCGCAGUCAAGGUCAUCCAUGCCAAGUCGAAGCUCAGCCAACCAGCAGGAACCUGCCUUUCGCGUGAAUCUGUUUCGCCAUUCCAGUUUUGAAGCCAACUCCUCUGGACAGUUGUUUGAGCAACUUGCCUCCAAUACAAAUCAGUCAACCAACCAGCCCUUGAGCGCGCUGGAUUCAGUUGAAGAUAGAGGACAUAUUUCUCCCACUACUGAUCAGAGUACAAACAGCAGUUUUUGUAAUGGCUCCUUAAGUCAACUUAACGGUAUUGCAUAUGGAAGCACUGGUGCAAGUAACGGCAAUGUUGAUCAGGUUGCAAUCCCCCGGGCUUCCACAGAGAGCAAGAACGAUGAAAGUUUUCCUAGUCCUAGUGUAAAUUCAUGCCGUUCUAUCCAAAGGGAAGCAGCUCUCAUGAAGUUCCGCUUGAAGCGAAAGGAUAGAUGCUACGAGAAAAAGGUCCGAUAUGAGAGCAGAAAGAAGCUCGCAGAGCAGCGCCCACGAGUAAAAGGUCAGUUUGUCCGUCAAGUGCAGGCUAAUCCCACGCAUACAGAAGCUGAGCGUCUUCAUGGAAAUUCAACAGAUGGAUAUGCUUAGUUGCAUUCCAACUCUAUAAACAGAGGAGACCAGGCACUUGCUUAUGCAACCUUUUGUUUUGUAAAGCUGAGGAAACGGAGAGGAGGCUGAAUUUUAUACAUAGAAUAGCACAUAUCCAUACUUAUUAUGAUAUUAGUGGUUAAUGACACAGGUUGCUAUGUACUUUUAUAAAAAAUAAUGUUUUGAUGUUUUGUAGUC